GACUCGAUUCAACGAAACCCACCAGAAAAGAUUCGUCCUUUAUAAGAGAACGAUCUGAUUGUUGAUGAAACAGGGAAAUAUCAGAGACCUAAAAAAUGGCCAAUUUGUUCAUAAAACAAGCUGGGGAAUAUGCGGCGGCUCGACCCAAUUAUCCGACCAAACUCUUUGAGUUCAUCGCAUCCAAGACGCCAUGCCACGACCUCGCUUGGGACGUCGGCACAGGAAGCGGUCAGGCCGUUAGCUCGCUCGCUAGGAUCUACAAGAAUGUCGUGGCCACCGACACGAGCCCUAGCCAGCUUGAGUUCGCGCCAAAGCUUCCCAAUGCUCGUUACCAACUCACUCCACCGGUAAUGUCCCUGUCGGAGAUCGCGGGUCUCGUGGCGCCGGAAUCAUCAGCCGACCUGGUCACAGUCGCUCAAGCCCUACACUGGUUUGACCUACCGACUUUCUACGGCCACGUGAAACACGUGCUCAAAAAGCCCCACGGAGUCUUCGCGGCCUGGUGCUACACCAACCCGGAGGUGAAUUCCGCCGUCGACGAGGUUUUCCGGCGGUAUUACAGCGAGAGCCUCGGUCCGUACUGGGACAAGGCGAGGAGGUUGGUGGAAGAUGAGUACAGGAGCAUCGAGUUCCCGUUCGAGGCGGUGGAUGGCGAAGUGUCGACGGAACCGAUGAGGUUUGCGGCGGAGAGAGAGAUGGGAAUGGAGGAGUACAUGACGUACCUGAGGUCGUCGUCGGCGUACCAGACGGCGAGGGAGAAGGGUUUGGAGCUUUUGACGCCGGAGAUGGAGGCGGAGUUCGCCGGUUCUUGGGAGGAAGACGGUGAGGAAAAGAAGGUUGUUAGGUUUCCGAUCUUCUUGAGGAUCGGUAAGGUCGGAGAUGGUGUCUGAGUCUCUGUGUUUGAAGAUCUGUAAUAAUAAUAACGGUGUGUCCA